UCUUUCAAAAAAUUACGCCGAUUCCUUAGUCUCAUCAAUUUUUAUCGCCGUUUCAUUCCUCACUGUGCAUAGCUGGCCCAAACUCUGACAAAUCUACUAAAAGGUCACGCAAAAUUGCUGCACAUGAAUACUUCAGCAGUCGGAGCAUUUGAAAAGCUGAAACCAACUCUAAGCUCAGAAACUUCACUGAUACGCCGUGACGUCAACGCUCCUAUAGCUAUUAUGACAAAUGCAUUAGAUGUCGCCAUCGGUGUAGUUCUUCGGAAAUUUGCUGCUUCAAAAUGGAAACCUCUCUCUUUUUUCUCCGAACGUCUAGACGCUACUCAAUCAAGAUAUAGUGCAUUCAGUAGGGAAUUACUAGCAGUCUAUGUUGCUGUUAAACGCUUUCGUCAUAUGGUCGAAGGAAUACCGUUCACCAUCUACACAGACCACAAACCUUUAACCAAAGCCACGAAUGCAAAGCAUGAUAGGUACUCACUGACAGCUGCGACACCUCGAGUUCAUUUCUCAGUCCACUUCAGAUAUUAGAUUCAUCAAAGGACAUAAAAACGAGGUAGAGAGAAUAUUUCAAACCAGUCACUGAAAUUCCAGCUGACGAAACUACUUUUGCACAACAACUGAGACAAC